GCUUCAUUCAUUCACUCUCUCUUUCUCUCACACACCCUCUUACAGGUCUCUUUCUAGGCCGUCUUGGAUUCUCACACUCCUCGUCCUGGGACGUUGCGCUACAGUGUGUGGAGUCCCAUAACCUGUUCUUGGAUUGGAUUAUUACCUAAUGGAUCGCCAGCAGACUGGGUCUGUUUCAAGCAGGCAGCCGUUUUGCAUUUGAGAGGAGGACCAUGGUGCAGGGUACAGUUGGAAAGAUAAAAGGGAGAGAGCAUAGCAGCUAAAUAAAGUGGAGAACAAGCCCGUCUCAGGACAUCAGUCCAAAGAAGAGGAUCUGCCGGCAGAGAGAUAAGAGGGGGAGGACAGGGAACGUAAGAGAGAGUCGGAGGACGAGAGAGAGAGAGAAUGGGAUAUUGCGGCAUGUGGAUCUUCCUCUUGUCCCUUUCUCUCUUCUAUCAAAGCGCCACUGCAGAGGCUGAAGUAUGUCGUACUGCCAUGCCUGCUGAUAUUGUGUUCCUGGUGGAUGAUUCCUGGUCAGUGGGUCCGACCAGCUUCCAGCAGAUCAAAGAGUUCAUAGCGGACAUCAUCCGAGCCUUCCAGGGAAGUGUGGCUGGACAGGAAGGCAUUCGCUUUGGAGUGACUGUCUAUUCAGACUUGCCCAGGAUGCGUAUAGCUCUGACGGAUUAUUCGACUCUGGAGGAAGUGCUGAGAGCAGUGGAGGAGGUGCCAUAUGAGGGAGGCAACAGCCGCACCGGCUUGGCAUUGGAAUUCCUUGUCGAGUCUGUGUUCAGUCCUUCUAUCAUCAGAGACAAUGCCCCAAAGAUUGCUGUUCUGAUCACUAAUGGCCAAUCAGAUGAUCCGGUAGACGGUCCAGCUAAAGCUGUAACAGAUAGUGGGAUUUCCCUCUUUGCUGUGGGGGUGAGGAACCCCAAUCAAGCUGAGAUGAGAAAAAUGGUCACAGAACCCCAUGAGGAACAUCUACUGCUCAGCCCAGAUUUCUCCUUCCUGGAGAAACUUCUGCCCAAACUGUCUCGUCGCAUGUGCUUCACUGCUUCUGAACCUCCCCGGCCUGUUAAGCAAAAGCCACCUGUGCUGAAGAGGAUAGUAGGACCUAAAGAUCUGCAAGUGAGCGAGCUGAGUUACAGCUCUCUGCAGCUGACCUGGAGUCAGGCCACAGGAGACGUUACCGGCUACAGGCUGCUCAUCACCCCUGUGUCUCCAAAGGGCCAUCUGCUCCCGGCACAGCAGAGACAGAUUGAUCUGAAGGGAGAUAUUAGUAGUACUCCAGUAACCGGGUUGAGUCCUAAGACUGAGUACUCCCUCACUUUAUAUGCCAUCUAUCCCGGACGCAUUGGAGAAUCUGCCACUAUUACCACAGAAACCACUGUUCUGCCACCGGUUUCGAACUUCCGUGUGAUUGAAGAAGGACUGUUCUCUUUACGCCUGGGAUGGACGCCUUUGCUUGGAAAAGUGGAUAAAUAUAAAAUUUACGUUCCAAGAACGGACAGACCCAGCCUCAUUUAUGAUCAGAUACUGUCGGGUGACGUCUCCUCUCAUGUGAUUGACACUUUAGAAGAGGACAAAGAGUACACAGUCGAGAUCUACGCUGUCUAUCCUGAGGGCCCCAGUGAGACUGUAUCUGUCACCGGGAAAACUUUGAAACUGGUCCCAGUUGAUAAACUGCUGGUGCAGAAUGCCACUACAGACACAGUUCAGGCCCGCUGGUCGUCUGUUAGAGGCGCCACAGGAUACAGACUCACCUGGUCAUCAUCAGAGGGACACAUAGAAAACGUGAACCUGGGAGACAACUUUAAUUUCUACAUGGUGCAGGGCCUGCAUGCUGGCACAGAGUACACCAUCACUAUCAACCCCAUCUUUGUGGACAUUGAAGGGCCUGUUACCUCUGCCAAAGCUAAGACAUUGGAAAGCAGUGCAGUACAGACCCUGAGAGCGUCUGCGGUGAGCACUAGCAGCGCUGUUAUUUCAUGGAACGCUGUACCUGGAGCCACAGGCUACAGAUUGGCCUGGGGCCCUACUGCAGAGUUCAUAGGGAGAGAUCGGCCCAGGCAGUUGGCUCUGAAUGGCAGCACUACUGAGUAUGUUUUGAAGAAUCUGGUCCAUGACACAGAGUAUGUGCUUUCCCUUUAUGUUCUCUUUGGCUCUGCGGUUGGUCCGGGCAUCACCGCUACAUUCAGGACCUCGCCUCUCGGAUAUGUCUCAAAUUUUAAAGUGACAUCAUACACCAGCUCGUCCAUCGAUGUGGAAUGGAGUCCUAUUGUAGGGGCCACGGAGUACAAACUCACCUGGAGUUCAGAAUUUGUGAGUCCUCAGAGUCGGUAUCUUGACCGCAGCAUUUUACGGCACAGCAUCACUGGUCUUCAGCCACAAACCCUUUAUUCUGUCAGCAUUCACGCUCUCUACAGCAACACAGAAGGACCAGAAAUCACUCUCUCACAGCAAACAGGUACUGAAAGCUUGUGUGGCAGGGUGAAGGCAGAUAUUGUGUUUCUGGUCGAUGAAUCCUGGAGCAUUGGAACUAAUAACUUUGGCAAGCUGAAGGAUUUCCUGUUUAGAAUCGUCACCUACUUCCCCUCUAUAGGACCUAAAGGAACACAGAUAGCAGUAGUUCACUACAGUGAUCAGCCCAGGAUCGAGUUCAACUUUAACACUCACAAAGACCGUAACUCCGUUUUGAGAGCACUCCGUGAAGUCCGCUACGGAGGGGGGAACACAAAAACAGGUCGUGGGAUCAGCUAUGUCCUUAGGGAGAUGUUUCAGGAGUCUUUGGGUAUGAGACAGGAAGUCCCUCACAUGUUAGUGUUACUGACAGACGGGAGAGCACAGGAUGACGUAGAGCCACCAUCCAGGAUAGCACAUGCUCUGGGUGUCAGUGUGUUGGCCAUUGGCAUUGCUCAUGCAGAUAUUGAGGAGCUGAGGACCAUCGCCUCUCCCACCACUUACAAGAACAUCUUCUUCGCCAGUGAUUUUGACGAUCUUCCAACCAUCGAGAGAGAGUUUAUCAGCAGCAUCUGUAGCGAGGCCUUACAAUCAGAGUUCAAACAACACGAUGAGUCUGCUCAACUGGACACACCUACAGAUGACCCAGAAGCUCUCAGUAAACCAGAAGGGCCCUGUCCACUUAGCUGCAAGGGUCAGAAAGGAGAGAAGGGCGAUGGAUUUGGUCAUGGUGGCCUGCGACUCAAGCAAGGCCCGGGGCAUUAUGAUUCAUUCUCUCUAAAGGUCAAAGGGGAAAAGGGUGAACGCGGUCUUCCCGGAACGGAUGGAAUUCCGGGUUUACCAGGACGACCAGGUAGAACUGGACCUCCUGGUUCUCCUGGACAAAGGGGGGCGCCUGGAAUUCCUGGUGACAUGGGCGAGACUGGAGAAUCUGGUCCUAAAGGUCCACGUGGAAAAGCGGGUCAGAAAGGAGAAAAGGGGGAGCAUGGAAGUAAUGGUCUACCAGGUUUGCUAGGACCAGUGGGAGUGGAUGGACUUCCAGGACUUUCUGGGCAGAAGGGGGAGAAGGGAGAGGAAGGUAUCGGAAUUCAGGGUGUUCAAGGUCCACUUGGGCCAAAAGGAGAAAAGGGUAAUACAGGACUACAAGGCCCAAAGGGUGAAGUAGGAAUCCAAGGAGUCCAGGGAAUCACAGGCCCUCGGGGGAAAAAGGGUCUUAAAGGAGAUCAAGGAGACAAGGGUGAACGUGGGGAAAUUGGACCUAUCGGGCCUCCAGGAGUUGCAGGCUUCCCUGGAGCUGCUGGACGAAAGGGUGAUGAGGGGCAGCGCGGCCCUCCCGGUGACCCAGCAAAAGGGAUACUCGGUCCUCCAGGGAAAAAGGGUGCCAGGGGGGAUGUUGGACAAGUUGGGCCACCAGGACCACAAGGUAUCAAAGGAGAUCAAGGUGAUAAAGGUGAAAAGGGCAGUCCUGGAUUUGGAAUCCCCGGUCAGCCUGGUCCCAAAGGAGAGAGUGGAGAAAGAGGUAAUGUUGGAUUAUCAGGGAAACCUGGGCCUAAAGGCAGCGAUGGGUCCAAAGGAGAGAAAGGGGAGGUGGGCUUCCCAGGCAACCCUGGUUCUCCAGGACUAAGAGGUAAAGAUGGUCUGCCAGGACCGAUAGGAGAGAUGGGAUUGAGGGGAGAGUCUGGUUCACCAGGAGAACCUGGAGAGAGAGGUGUUAAGGGGCCUCUCGGUCUUCCAGGACGACCCGGUGACCCUGGGGGAAAAGGCGAGCAUGGGAAAUUAGGGUUACCAGGUCCAGAGGGAAACAAAGGAGAGAAAGGCGAGCCGGGAAGGCCGGGACCACCGGGAGACACUCAAUUCACCACUUCAGAAAACACCAUUCUCACCAGGGCCAUUAAGGGUGAACCUGGUGAGCCAGGGCUCCCAGGACUCAGAGGGGAGACAGGACGUUUUGGACCACCUGGUCCUGAAGGUAAACCAGGACCUCCUGGGAAUUCCCUGCCUGGAUCUAGUAAAGGAAGAGAUGGUGUGGAUGGUUUACCAGGAAGGCCUGGAUCUAAGGGUGAACCAGGACAGAAAGGGGACCCAAGUCCAACAGGUGAGAAAGGAGAUCCUGGACGUGCUGGGAUUACUGGUAUGCCUGGUUUACCUGGGACACCUGGUAAACCUGGUGUUGAUGGGAAACGUGGAGCAGCUGGAAAAGAUGGAGAUCAAGGACCAAAGGGUGAUGAUGGGACAAAGGGUGAAAAAGGUGAACCUGGUGCAAAUGGAAAUGAAGGUCAAAAAGGAGAGCCAGGAUCUCCAGGCUUGCCAGGUCCUCCCAUUGUCCUCCAAGAUGGUAUGUCGAUUGAGGACAUUAAAAAGGCAUUUCCCAUACCAAUGGGACCCCCGGGUGCGGUGGGUCCUCCUGGGAUGAAGGGAGAGAAAGGAGACAUGGGGUUGAAAGGAGAGAAGGGUGAUGCUGGCCCACCGGGGAGAGCUGUUGAAAUGAAGGACAUUGAAGGCUUGUUUGAUUCAUAUGGUAUUAAACUCUCGCUGCUGAAGGCCUUGAUUGACAGGCUGCUUCAGGAUGGAAUGGAGGAGCUUCUUCAUGAGAUCAGCACCAGCAGAAGAGUGAAAGGAGACAGACAGGAGCCGGACUCAAACGUCAUCACUGAAUACACCAGCUCAGUAAAGUACAGUCACCCACAAGAGUCAUUACCUGAUACAGAUUUGGCUGAGGAAGAGACUGAUCUUGAAGAGGGGCAGAUGCCUGAGCCCAGUCCUAAGCCUGUUGUAGAAAAAGAAGUGGGUCCUAUCCUUUCGAACAUCUCUACUAUUCACAAAAAGGCCAACCAGAGUCAAAGCAAAGACAAGUUGGUAGAUGUUGAAGAAAAGAAACUUGUGGAGACCAACUUCAGUGAUGUUACACCUUUGAAAUUUCUCCAAACCAACACUUCCUCUGAGAGGUUGGUCUCUGGGAAGGUAGAGGUAAGUAUGGAGACAGUUUUCCACAGCCACGAGGACACGGGGAAGAAAACAUCUGGAGAGAAGAAGAAAAGCAGAGAGAAGGGAAAGGGCAAAGGAAAUAAAGGACGUCAAAAACGACAAAGGAAACGUUUGGAAGAUCAAGACAACAUGGAAGAGGAGGUUGAGGAAGCAUCAUAUGACGAUGAGGAAUAUGAAUAUGAGGACGAGCUGCCCACAGAAGAGCCCUUUCCCUCUCGAGAGGAGGAGGGCGAAGGGGAGGAGGUAAAAUACUCAGCAACAACUGCUAUAUACACACAAGAAAAUGAGGAUGAAACAACUUCUCCGAUUACACAGUCUCCAGAGGAGAUUACACUGAUGGUUCACACAACUACAGCGAGUCCCCUGCUGUCAUCAAAAGUCACAGAGCAGAAGCCGCGUGAAACCACAUUAAUAUCAGUGCUAAAUACAACACAAACUGGAGAGGAGGUGAACUUGUCCCACAAUAGCGGCCUGGAAAAGGCAAGAUCUAAAGUGAAGAGAAGUGCUCCUUCAUCUGAGUUCAUGGCCUACAUGCCUGGAACACCAGGAGGACAAAACCGUUACAAACAAGGAUCUAAGCGGUCUACCUCGGGUGCACAAGGCAAAAAGAAGCUAAAUUGGCUGAUCACUUGUGAAUUUGCGCAGGGGGAGAUUGGUGAAAAAGGCCAGAAGGGAGAACCUGGAACUGGUCACCGUGGGCCCAUUGGUCAGGCCGGUCCACCAGGACAAAAGUGGCUGAUCACUUGUGAAUUUGCGCAGGGGGAGAUUGGUGAAAAAGGCCAGAAGGGAGAACCUGGAACUGGUCACCGUGGGCCCAUUGGUCAGGCCGGUCCACCAGGACAAAAGGGCGAGCCUGGAGAACCAGGACCACCUGGAGCACAGGGCAUUCAGGGUAUUCGUGGCAACCCUGGCAUCCCGGGGUCACCAGGUCACAGAGGUCAGCCUGGUGACCCUGGAGAGCCAGGUAGAAAGGGUGAUAGAGGGAGACGAGGGAAGAAUGGCUCACCUGGUACUCCAGGUGCAAUUGGUCCUCCUGGACAGCAGGGUCCUCAUGGCCCCUCUGGGGUUAAUGGUGAAAAGGGAGACAGUAUCCCAGGAGAACCAGGAGACAGAGGAAUUCCUGGGCUCCCAGGUCGCAGGGGUCCUCAUGGCCCCUCUGGGGUUAAUGGUGAAAAGGGAGACAGUAUCCCAGGAGAACCAGGAGACAGAGGAAUUCCUGGGCUCCCAGGUCGCAGGCCUGUGACUGGUCACAGAGGAGACAAGGGUAGUCCUCUCUCCAUGCCAGGACCCAGAGGAUAUAAGGGUCUGAAAGGAGAGCCAGGUGAACGUGGGCUACCAGGAUUUGAUGGAGAUAAAGGAGAGAAGGGUGAAGAUGGUCCACCUGGUGCAAAGGGGCUGAAGGGAGAAGCUGGUACUAAAGGAGGCAUGGGGCCUUUUGGUGCACGUGGUCCAGUAGGACAAAAGGGAGAUCCAGGGGAGCCAGGCGCCAAUGGGGAAAAGGGUCGUAAUGGAGAACAUGGAUUGGAUGGUGAGAAAGGUGAUAAGGGAGACGUGGGCCUGCAGGGCCGAAAGGGAGAUCAGGGUGAGACAGGAGAGCCUGGUUUAGCUGGAGAUGCAGGAAUUAUAGGCGAAAAGGGCUUCAGAGGUUUCCCUGGUCGAAUAGGGAGUCCUGGACUGGACGGAGAACAGGGUGAUUCUGGGGACCCUGGCAGGCCUGGCAUUCCAGGACUUAACGGUCUCCCGGGACGAAAGGGAGAAAAAGGUGAUAGUGGUCUGAAUGGUCUUGAUGGAGCUCCUGGACAAAAAGGAGAGAAGGGUGCGACUGGUUUCCCAGGUUUCACUGGGUUUAAGGGAUCUCCUGGUGCACCAGGAACUAAUGGGGCUCUGGGUCGGCCUGGUCCGGUUGGACCUAAAGGUGAAGUGGGACCAAAGGGAGAGAAGGGAAGGAGAGGCAGAGGAAAGGCCUGUCAACGGGGACCUCCUGGAAUUCCUGGCCUCGGAGGCCUGGAUGGGGAAGUGGGAACCUCAGGCAUGAAAGGAGAAAAAGGGGAGACUGGACUCAGUGUGGAGGAAGUGAAGGAUCUUGUGACAAAGGAGGUGGUUGAGAAGUGUGGAAAGGAAAUACUCCUGAUGGUGAACACCAAUGAUCCAGAUGAAGAGAGUAUCCUAAGGGAAGAGAGAAGAACAGAUUCUGCCUCUCCGUUCUUGCUCACCCACCCCAAAGUGUGGGAUGAAGAGUCAGAGGACGAGACCACUUCAGUUCAUCCUGCUGUUUCAGAGUCUGAGCCAACAUUAGCAUAUGGCAACGUUACAAGAGCCAGUACUGAGGGAGAUGGAGAGCAGAGAGAAAAGAGACGUGCACUCAAACUCCACUCAGACCUAGCCGCUGAUCUGUGCCUUGAACCCAUGUCUGAGGGCCACUGCACUGAAUACGUCCUGCUCUGGUACUACUACACUGUCUCAGGAGACUGCCGUCCUUUUGUGUAUGGUGGCUGUGGAGGAAAUAGGAACCGCUUCAGCUCCAAACAGGGCUGUGAAAGUCAAUGUAUUCUGGGAAGGAGAGAUUUUGGAUCCUGAGGAGGAGAGAUUUGCUAUUUUUAACAGUUAAACUGAAUUCUAGCUCACAAAAAAAUACUAUUUUUGUACAUUGCCAUGAUGCCAUCCUAUAUGUAUAUUAGUUUAUAACAGCUUUAUAUAGCAGAAAAAAAAUUAUACUACAU